UGCGCCAGUGUUGAAGGGGGAGGGGGGAAUCAAAAUGGCGGCCGCGGGCGGCCCUGAGGCGUCGUCUUCGUCGUCGGGGGCCAAAACAACAGCGGCGGAGCCUGAAGCGGGAGCGGCUUCGUCCUCGUCGUCGCCGCCGGUGGUGGUGCAGCGGGAGCCGGUGUACAACUGGCAGGCUACGAAGCGGUCUCUGCGGGAGCGCUUCGCCUUCCUCUUCGCCAACGAGCUGCUGAGCGACGUGCGCUUCGUGGUGGGCAAGGCCGGGCCGCGCGGACUGGCAGGGGUAGGGGCAGGGGCGCCCGGCCCGGUCCAGCAGCGCAUCCCCACACACCGCUUCGUCCUGGCCGCCGGCAGCGCCGUCUUCGACGCCAUGUUCAACAGGGGGAUGGCCACCACCUCCGCCGAGAUCGAGCUGCCCGACGUCGAGCCCGCCGCCUUCCUCGCCCUCCUCAGGUUUUUGUACUCAGACGAAGUUCAGAUUGGUCCUGAAACAGUGAUGACCACUCUGUACACCGCUAAGAAGUAUGCUGUCCCAGCUCUAGAAGCCCACUGUGUAGAAUUUCUCACUAAGCACCUCCGGGCAGAUAAUGCUUUUAUGCUACUCACUCAGGCUCGUUUAUUUGAUGAACCACAGCUGGCUAGUCUCUGUCUUGACACAAUAGACAAAAGUACAAUAGAUGCAAUAAGUGCAGAAGGUUUCACAGAUAUAGAUAUAGAUACUUUGUGUGCAGUAUUAGAAAGAGACACACUCAGUAUACGCGAGAGCAGACUUUUUGGAGCAGUUGUUCGCUGGGCUGAAGCCGAAUGCCAAAGGCAGCAGUUAGCAGUCACAUCUACAAAUAAGCAGAAAGUUCUUGGCAAAGCCCUGUCCUUAAUCCGUUUUCCGCUGAUGACAAUUGAAGAAUUUGCAGCAGGUCCUGCUCAGUCUGGAAUUUUGUCAGAUCGGGAAGUAGUAAAUCUCUUUCUGCAUUUUACAGUCAACCCUAAGCCUAGAGUUGACUAUAUUGACCGACCAAGAUGCUGUCUUCGCGGAAAGGAAUGCAGCAUCAAUAGAUUCCAACAAGUGGAGAGUCGCUGGGGUUACAGUGGAACGAGUGACCGGAUCAGGUUCACAGUCAAUAGAAGAAUUUCAAUUGUGGGAUUUGGAUUAUAUGGGUCUAUUCAUGGACCCACCGAUUACCAAGUUAAUAUCCAGAUCAUUGAAUACGAGAAAAACCAAACACUAGGACAAAAUGACACUGGAUUUAGUUGUGAUGGUACAGCCAAUACUUUCAGGGUUAUGUUCAAAGAACCCAUUGAGAUUCUGCCCACCGUGUGCUAUACUGCGUGUGCAACUUUAAAAGGCCCAGAUUCUCAUUAUGGCACCAAAGGACUAAAGAAAGUAAUCCACGAAUCUCCUGCUUCAAGCAAAACCUGCUUUUUCUUUUUUAGUUCGCCGGGUAACAACAACGGUACAUCGAUAGAAGAUGGACAGAUACCAGAAAUAAUAUUUUAUACGUAAUUUCCAGUAACUGAAAUAAAGAAAGAGAUGAAUUGACUUUGAUAAGAAAGGACCAAUGGGAGAAGCGGAAUGCUGUGAAUCUUGUAAAUACAAUGAUCUCAGAUGUGCUAUCGAAACUAAAGUAUUGUAUGUGGAUGGUACUAAAAAAGUAUUCACUUUUCCAGUUGCAGGAUGCAGCCAAACUAUUCUUAUCUGUACAUAGAUAUUUACUUGAUCACUUUAAAUGUACUACCCUUGACUUGGAAGAUGGAAGGGAGCAUUCGUCUUUUCCUCCCUGAAAUAUCCUUGCUGCAGAUGGUAUGUCAUCUGUGGAUUAGAAUGACUGUGUACUGGUAAACAUGCAUUUCCUUUUCUUUCUUUUUUUAAACAAAACACUAAAUUUACAAUGAAGUUAUGAAGACAAGCAGACUUAAGAUGGAUACGAAUUACAUCUGUAAUUGUACUUGAUACAGUGUACAUAAACCUAACCAGUUUUGUUGUGUACUGGAAAAAAUGUUACUUGGAAAGAAACUGUAUGAAGCUAUUCUUGAAAUAUAAAGUGAAGAGUGGAAGAAAUA